AUGAUUCGCGAGGUGGAGCAUCCUCGAUGUGAAGAUGCAUCACCUAGUACAUGGCAGUGGCAGUACAACACGUCCGUCUGCUUCGACGAUGGCGAGAACGCUACACUGACAUGGAGAGUGACUCUGAACUCGGGGGAAGAGAUCGGAGCUGUGACUAUCCGGCAGCAGGGUGUAGCUGGUGGAUCACCGGUCCAGAUGUAUGGAACAUAUUCAGGGAAAGAGCCAGCGUUCAGUGAUCGAGUAAUGUCGUUAUCGUACUCGGGUUCAUCCCCUGUGUAUGAUGUGAUGUUUACGCUGAAGGUUAACAACAGCAAGGAUGGAUUUGGAACCAUACAACUACAGUGUCUUCCACCCAGCAUAGUUAUUAUAACCCCACCGAGCCCUACCGUGACCGAGCGUGACCAAGUGAACCUGACGUGUUCAGCUGAUGGUACUCCUCCACCAACCUUCACAUGGAUCAGCCCUCAGGGGGGCACCGUAGCACACGGACCGUCCUACACCAUUCCCAUGGUGCACCGCGACAUGUCAGGGGUCUACAAGUGCGUGGCUACUGACGGAUGUGGACGGAAUCACGCCAUGGAUGCGACACUCGCUGUGAGAUACAAACCUGAAAACACACGUCUUUCUCUACUGGCGAGCUCAUACUGCCGUGGCUCCACUAUUUCUUUCAACUGUUCGGCGACAGGGAAUCCGCGGGUCAUCCAGUACUCGCUGUAUCUUAACAACCGUCAUUUGUCAAAAUUUUAUCCGUCCGUAUCCAUUGCACCUGCGCGUACCAUCACAACAAGCGAGGGCUCGUACGUGCAGAUGACGUGCUCUGCUAGUGCUGUUGAUCCGUCAAGUAUCAACUGGAUCAAAGAUGGCGUCCCUCAAGGGAAGGGCCCAAAGCUCACGUUCCCCUCGAUAAGCAGAGAUCAAGGGGGAGUGUAUAACUGUACUGUGAUAGACGGGUGUGCUUCAGCAUCAACGGACAUUGCUGUUUACUAUGUAGAUAUGGAGAGGUAUUCACUCAAAUGUAUAACGUUACCAGCUGUCAAGAUCACCAUAGAAACAAACAAGACCCCUCCCCCUGACAUGAUCUGUGUGACAGAUGGGAAAACGUUACUAUCAAAACUGAAUAACAAAACUGGAAGAAAAGUCACUUACGAAGUAGGAUUGGCAAGUCUAGACGAAGCUGGGGUGACAUGUCACGCGGAAGGUUUCCCUGCAACUCGGCAACAAUUCACUGUGGUCGCCGCGGGCUCUAGGCAGAAAAGAAAUGGAAGUUUUCGGAUAACUAACGUCAAAUGCCCACCAAGCGAUCAAAUGAAAACAAGCAUCGAAAAACUGGUACAAGAGAGCGUCGAUGCCACAUGUAUGACUAAGGUUUCUUUGAUCUAUGGACCCGGUAGUUUAAUCGUGUACGUAACUCUGACAACGACAGCAAACGUCUCAGAUCCAUUUGUAUCACUAAAGAAAGGCUUGUUACAAAAUGCGCCGAGAUACAACUUAACGAUUGAACCGACAAGUGUCAAAAUGCAGCAAGUGAAAACUCCACAGUUGGAAAAGUUUGAUGACGUCAAGCCUACCCAUCAAAGAAUAAAAGUCACGUGGUCAAAGCCCUAUAGUAAUGCGCAGUGCACCAUGCGCGCUAGACCUCUAGCUGGGGCGUCACGUGACUGGGUGACGUCCUCAGGUUUCAGUAGUCCAGCCUCUCUAUCGUGCGUGUUGGAUGAUCUUGAGCCUGACACUCUGUACGAGGUGGAGGUCACUGUGUCGGUGCGGGGAGACACGAGGCGUGACACGGUGUACAUCAGGACCACCCCCACAGCUGUCGAGGUAAAUGAUCAGAACUCCACCAUUGUUGGUCUCGCUGUGCUGGUCGCCAUCUUGUUCUUGGUCAUCUUUGGUCUGAUUGUCUACAUCGUGGUGCUGAAGAGGGCAGGUCUUACAACAAGGAAAAGAAGACCUGAAGCUGAUAACCCAGGCUACUCUGGAUUCCAGAAUGUGGCAAUGCAAGAAAAAGCGAACCAAGACCAGCACACAGUCCCAGAGAUGGGAGACUAUGAGGUCGCCCCAUCAGAAAAUAAGGUUCCCACCCCUGACCCCAUUCCACAAUACGAACCAGUGAACAAUACACAAGCACGACCAUCCAACCGUAGAAACGUCACGCAAUACGAUGAUGUAACGCAAGGGGGCAAUGUAACGCAGUAUGAAGCUAUAAACAACAACCCAUCACGUGAUCAGCAUGUACCAGGCAAUCGCCAGUACGAUAGCGUCGAUAGCACUAGAAUGAGUAGACAGAAUACACCCGCGAGGAGAGCAAGGAACGGCACAGGUGAUAAAGGCGAGCCAGGUUACGAGAGCACAAGAAAACGAGGUUUACCACAUGAAGUGUACCAGUCUCUACAGGCGACGAGACAACACAGCGAGAAUGCGCAGUAUGCCCCACUGCAUCCUAGGACACGAAUUGCGGCCAGGUCUGGUGGUAGGGACGAGAGGGGAGUAGGCACAGACAUAAGAGGGAAUGCAUCACCUAGUACAUGGCAGUGGCAGUACAACACGUCCGUCUGCUUCAACGAUGGCGAGAAUGCUACGCUGACAUGGAGAGUGACUCUUAACUCGGGGGAAGAAGUUAGAGCUGUGUCUAUCUUGCAAAUGGCUAUAGCGGGUGGAUCAUCGGUCGAGAUGUGUUCUACAACUUCAGGAAAGAGCUCAGCGUUCAGUGACCGAGUAAUGUCGUUAUCGUACUCGGGUUCAUCUCCCGUGUAUGAUGUGGUGUUUACCCUGAAGGUUAACAACAGCGAGGAUGGAUUCGGAACCAAACAGAUACGGUGUCGUGUCGCCUCAAAGUUCCUUAUUGGGCAGCCUGCAUCAGACACUCUACUCAAAGUGCAGGUUCCACCCAGCAGCGUUAAUAUAACCCCACCGAGUCCUACCGUGACCGAGCGUGACCAAGUGAACCUGACGUGUUCAGCUGAUGGUACUCCUCCACCAACCUUCACAUGGAUCAGCCCUCAGGGGCACACCGUAGCACACGGACCGUCCUACACCAUUCCCAUGGUGCACCGCGACAUGUCAGGGCUAUACACGUGCGUCGCUACUGAUGGGUGUGGGCGGAAUCACACCAGGGAUGCGACACUAGCAGUGAGAUACAAGCCUGACAAUACCUCUUUGACCAUACUGGGUGGAAACGCAUCUGCUCAGUGUGGAUCAAAAAUAUCAUUUAACUGUACUGCUGACGGCGUUCCAAAACCAAAUAAGUACUCUCUUUACUUGGGGAAUCAGGCGAUGAAGACGGACACCAAUGGUGAAUUUAGUAACAUCCAGCUGAACACUUCAGGAGAACAUGUGUUCACGUGUGUACCUACUAAUGAAAUUAAUGAAGGACUAAACAAAACUGUGAUCGUAAACGCAUCAGAGGUACUUCCUGUAGUGUCCGUCGACAUCCCGCCCAAUGGUAGAAUGAUUAAAGGGUCAAGUGUUACUUACAAGUGUGACGCUAAAGGGCCGGUACCGUUACAAAUCAGCUGGUACAAAGACAAUAUUUUCAAGGCCUCGGGGAAAACCCUUACGAUAUCGAAAGUCACACUACAAGACGAAGGGAACUACACUUGUAAUGUGUCAAGUUCAUGUGGAACAACGUUGAACACCUCGUUUAUUGGCGUUGAUUACAUUCCAGAGAACACAACUCUCCAAAUCAACAAAUCGAAUAAUACUAGUAUAAUCGCUUGCGUUGGAGACAUUAUCCUGCUAAACUGUUACGCUGAAGGCAAGCCUUCAGUUAUCACUUAUUCCCUUCUGCUGAAUGGUGAACAGCAUAAGGCUAAUCGAAGUGGAGUUUUUUUUGUCUUCCCCGGCACUCCUGGAUGGAACAAUUUUUCUUGCGUUCCUAACAACACUAUCGGCAAAGGUCCAGAAGCACUUGUUCACAUCAUCGUUCCAGUCACUCCCAGCAGUGUUGUCAUUUUCCCACCGAGUCCUACCGUGACCGAGCGUGACCCAGUGAACCUGACGUGUUCAGCUGAUGGUACUCCUCCACCAACCUUCACAUGGAUCAGCCCUCAGGGGCGCACCGUAGCACAUGGACCGUCCUACACCAUUUCCAUGGUGCACCGCGACAUGUCAGGAGUCUACACGUGUGUGGCUACUGACGGAUAUGGACGGAACCACACCAGGGAUGUGACACUUGCAGUCAAAUGUAAGUUAAUCUCUUGA